AUGUUCCACACCAACAAGACUAUGUUCCACCCUGACACCUUUUAUCUCACAGGCAUCCCAGGACUCGAGACCUCCCAUGGCUGGAUCUCUCUGCCCUUUUGCUUUGUUUACUUGAUGGCUCUGCUGGGUAAUGUAACAAUUCUACUGGUCAUCUGGUCUGACCAUGCUCUGAGGGAUCCAAUGUUCUACUUUCUAGCUAUCUUAUCAACCAUAGAUGUAGCCCUCUCCACAUCCUCAGUGCCUCGAAUGUUAGGUAUCUUCUGGUUUGAUGCACACGAAAUUGGUUUUGGAGCCUGUGUGGCCCAAAUGUUUCUGAUACACACUUUCACAGGCAUGGAAUCUGCAGUCCUGCUAGCAAUGGCCUUUGACCGCUAUGUGGCUAUCUGUGCCCCCCUUCACUAUACAACCAUUCUAACUUUCCGAGUGUUGGCAGGCAUUGGUGUGGGUAUUAUAAUGCGCCCAGUCCUGCUCAUGUUGCCCAUUCUGUACCUAACCCAUCGUCUGCCCUUCUGUGAGUCUAGAAUUAUUGCCCACUCCUACUGUGAGCACAUGGGCAUUGCCAAAUUGGCUUGUGCAAGCAUUCGCAUUAAUGCCAUUUAUGGGCUUUUUGUGGCUUCUUUUCUUAUUUUGGAUGUGGCCCUGGUUGGAAUCUCUUAUGGCUAUAUUCUCCGAGCCGUUUUCCGUCUCCCUUCUCAAGAUGCUAGGCACAAGGCACUGAGCACAUGUGGCUCACAUGUUGCAGUUAUGUGCGUUUUCUAUACACCCUCCCUCUUUUCCUUCCUCACUCACCGAUUUGGCAAAAAAAUCCCUCGUUAUGUCCACAUUCUAGUUGCCAAUCUCUAUGUGGUCGUUCCACCUGCCCUCAACCCUCUUGUCUAUGGAGUAAGAACCAAGCAGAUUCGUGAGCAUGUAGUCCAUGCUUUCAACUCAAAGUAG